GUUGUUGCGUACGCUUUAUUUAUCUCGAUACGCAGUUUGCGAUAUUAAUAAUACACGAAAGUCGAUUUCUCCAAAGUAUACGCGGAUAUAAUCUGGCCAAGUGCCAUCGCGUCUAAUGUCUAAUCUCGUCUUCUCGCGCGACUGAAUAUUAACUAUAAUUACAACCGGCCGAAUUGGCUAAAAAGUCAAUUCGUCGCUCUUGGCACACUGCAUAUUCAAGCAGGAAAUCUCGUGAUGUCAAGCAAAAUGCACCUAGCGAUUCUAUUUCUGCUGCUGAAUUGUCUAGCGGUGCCGGUUGCACCGGGAAAUGUCGUGCUGAUUAUUACCGACGAUCAGGACUCGACUUUAGAUGGCAUGACGCCGAUGGUAAAUACUUUGAAUCUCAUUGGAUCUCAGGGUGCCACGUUCACGAAUUGCUUUGUAGCUUCGCCUAUCUGUUGCCCGAAUCGAGCGUCUAUCCUGACCGGACGGUAUCAGCAUAAUCAUCUGACAGUGAAUAAUUCGAUCGCUGGUGGUUGUAGUAGCGCGCAAUGGCAGAAAUUUCAAGAACCAGCAACGUUUGCGGCUCUUUUGCAAAAUGUCGCUGGAUACAAGACUUUUUACGCCGGAAAGUAUUUGAACGAGUAUGGAAACGAAAAAGUUGGCGGCGCAGCUCACGUACCGGUGGGAUGGGAUUGGUGGGCCGGUCUUAUAGGAAAUUCCAAAUAUUACAAUUAUUCAUUGUCGAUAAAUGGUACCGAGAUGAAGUACGGUGACAAUACGGGCGAUUAUCUUACAGACGUAAUCAAUAAUCUAGCUGUAAAUUUUAUUAACGGAUACUCCGACGAUCAACCUUUCCUCAUGGUAUUAGCACCUCCAGCCCCUCACGCGCCUUUUACACCUGCUGAUAGACAUAAUGACAAAUACAAUGGCACAAAAGCAAAGAGAACCCCAAACUUUAACGUUCCCGUGCAUCAGGAUAAACAUUGGUUAGUUAGGAAAGGUCCGUCUCCUUUGCCAAGCAGUGUAUUACCAAAAUUAGAUGAGAUAUACAGGAAGAGAUGGGAAACUUUGUUAGCGGUCGAUGAGCUCGUUAAAAAUAUACACAAUUUAUUGAAAGAGCGAAAUCUCUUGAACAAUACCUACUUUAUUUAUACCUCUGACAAUGGAUAUCAUGUUGGACAAUUUAGCAUGCCCAUGGAUAAGCGUCAACCCUAUGAAACAGAUAUACGAGUUCCAUUACUGAUAUCCGGUCCAGGAAUUGACUCGUCUACAAUUUCCGCGGCAGUCAGCAGUGUCGAUAUCUUCGCUACACUCUUAGAUAUAGCCGGUAUAGAAUAUCCAUCAGACGGAAGAACAUUGUUUAAAACAACGCGUGAUUUACCGCAAGAUCGCACCGUUCUAAUAGAGUACAGGGGAGAGAGAUCUAAAAAGACCCCGUCGUCCGGUUGUCCAAGUGACAGCGAUCUCAAUGUCACACUAUGCAUGAAAGAAAUGGCAUGUAAAUGUCAGGAUGCUGCGAACAAUACAUUUAGUUGUAUACGUCGCGUUUCUCCACAUUUCAAUAAUAUCUUUUGUAUCUUCGAAGAUGAUCAGAAAUUUAUCGAAUCUUACGAUAUAUACGUUGAUGAGUAUCAAAUGACGAAUAUCGGAUAUACUAUGAAGAAAAAAUUGAGAUCCAGAUUCAGGAAACGUCUCAAGAAGAUGGUGGUAUGUCAGAAUGCGAAAUGCGUUUUCACAGAUUUGGGAAGUAGAUUUGAAUAACAUAACAAAUGUUUCUAUACAUAUAUAUGUAUAUGGAAAAUUAUUAAUGUCUUCAUAAAAGAUACGAUUAAUUUUUUUUUUUUUUUUACUAUAUUAAAGAUUGCGCGCCAUGAUAUAACAUUUUCGUUCAUCCUAGAUCGCGGAAAGUUGUCUUAUCUCGAAUUAUUGCAUUUAUGGAAAUCGCCGUCGAAGAAUACGCCGCGAAUCUGGAUAUAAGAAUAACUCGCCUUGCUCGAAAGAGGAGGGCAGCAUCCCUCCCCGACGGAACUGUUUUCUUAACAAAUAUUUUUAUUAAAGCCCCGCGGAGAGAUAGAGAGAGAGAGAAAGAGAGUCUCGAAUAUCUGAAUAGCAAUAAUGAUAUUCGCGAAAGUACAGGGAAGAGAAGGAAAGAAUGAGGUGGAAAAAGUCGAGCAUCGAAGACAGAAUCGAGACUAUAUUAGACAUGUACAUAUUUGCAUAUAUUAUUAUUGCUAAAACAUUUCUGAUUUCUCCGCGGAUUUAUGAUGAUGCGCGCGAGAAAUAACGAUUUUGCCGUUACUCGAGUUACUCGAUAUACUCUGGUUCGUUCUAUUAUUUUAUAUACAUAAAGAUUAUAAGUUAUAUCUUGUGGAUAUCAAAAAUAAUAAACGUAUAUAUAAAGUUAAUAAUGCAGAUAUACGUUUAUUAUAUUAAAUAUAUAAAUCAAAAGGAAUUUAGAAUCUCUACAGAUACAAAUAUCUCAAUACUUUUACAAUUUUUACUUUUAUUAUGUAUAUAUUUUGCUUUUGAUUUUAUAUUAUACGACAUAUAGGCAAGAAAUAAAAUCGUGUAUCUUUUGGUUGCUCAUACAAAGGGUUAUGUAUUCGCGCAUGCAUGAAUAUUCUUCACGAAAGUGCGUAUACGAUGAGGUCAGCGAGUGCCGACGCUUAAAAUAUCGUGGGUUCGCCCUUUUCGAUGUCAAGGAGCGUGAGAGAUGCUCUUUCACGUAACGUGAAUGAACGUCAAAAUGUUUGUAGACUAGCCGGGCCCAUGGGCCCGUUUAAUCGUUUGCACAGAUGGCAUUACAGCGAAUCUAGCGACCGCGUGCGCGAUAGAUCGCCUUUGAGAUUAUCGUUGGCAAAGUUGUGGCCGACAAAGCCGAAAGGAAAACUAGGACUUAUUCCGCAAGAUUUGCAUCUUGCGAUCUCUCAGUAAAUAAAAAUUAAAGGAAUUAAAGUGAUGAAUCGCGAAAGAAAUUUAUUGCGUGAAAUUUACGAACGAUUCAUUUGUUCGUUCAACUUAUUCAUUAAAUUUAAGGCAAUUUAUAUUGAUUUUUAUAAUGAUUGCAUAACCUGAUUUGAGAAAUCUCACGGCAAUUCUACAAUAAAAACUCUUAUAAAUUAUUUUUUUUUUGUAUUUUUUCCAGAAAGUUUUCAAUUUUUAUCUCUUAAAAGUUAAUCGUUAACAAGUUGGUUGCUCGAAAAGCAGACUGACGAAAAGUAGAUAUUGUUAGAGUUUGCGAUAAUUAUUUUUUCAUCGAUUCAUUUAUUUCAUUGUCUAAUAAUAGUUUAAUUCUAUUCAGUUUAUAAUCUACAUGCAACUCAUUGUCAGCUGUAUUUUUGACAGCAACGCACGCGCUCGCAUAUAGGCGACGCUAUUGCACGAGAGGAUUUUCCGGAUCCUCGAUCGAUCGCUCGAUUGGGCGUUUAGUGAUCUUCGUUAGGUCGUUGCUGAGACGUGUAAGUCGGCUUGCGGACGAAUUCUUUUAUUCUCUUAUUCUUUAUUGAUCAUUCGAGCGAGCGAUCGCCUCCUUGUUGGGCAGGAUCAAUGGCUUUCGUUACCUUUCGAGCCGUAGAUUCAGGUUUUACUUUUGGGGCCCCUCCGCUUCUUCUUUCCCUCUCCUCUUUAGCGGGGGAUUUAUUUUUCUAGCGGAUAUUUAUGCCAACUUGUACUCGUACUACGAAAAGAUUUACAAAAGGUGUCGAUCGUGAAAAAUAUAUAAAGAUUGUCAGAUGAUGAUGAGUUUAUUAAAAACUUUAUAAAUUCACACUAGAAUAUAGUUUAAUUAUGUUUAUUAAUUAUGACUGUUAACUUGCAAUUUCGAAGAAGGUAUACCGUAACUUUCCAUUCUUAAUUUUAUCUUAAUCUUUUUAUUCGCUCUUAAUUAGCCAUGUUACUUUUAAGCGCUAAAUAUCAAUUGCAAUUAUUUUUAUGUAUUAUUCUAUAAUGUAAUAAUAUCGAUAUAUUACGCUAUUAUAUAAUAAAACGAUUGGCGAUUGUAUUUUAUGACGGUAGUUGCAAGAUAUCGUGCUCUGAUCUCGUCCUCUUAAGAUUGAAAAUCGGGACGUUCGUCGGGCGCAUUAAAAACUAAACAAUUUACAAUCUCGAGAGUUUUCCAGUGAUCUGUCUUCAAACGGCAUCCCUUGUUAUUCGAUAAUUAACCUUUCCCCCUUGUAACCCGGCGUACGGCGCGAAACGAAGCGUGCCCUCUGAUUUUCCUUUGCGUCGACUCGCGCCUCCUUCUCUCCGCGACUUCGAGAUCGGUAACGCGGAAAAUGCGAAUUUACUGUAAAUUAGUGAAUUGGAAAAUAACGGAGUAAAAGCGCGCUUCCUUUGACGGGCCUUAUGACGAUAUCGUUGAACGCGUAACAAGAUCCCGGGAGAAGCUAAAACGGCGAAAUUGUCAGAGCUCAUCUUAAUAAACG